AUGUCUACUACCGCAGUGGGAAAGAGCUCUUCUAAUUCAAUAUGGUAUGAAUCAUUACUCGAUCAGGGCCUAAUUCCGGAUUUUAUUCUUCGUCGUGGUAUAAGAUUCUUGUUGGGUGACCGUUUGAGAGAGAUUAAAACUAGUGAUUUACAAAAGAAUCAACAACGAAAGAUGUCGUAUGUUAAACAGUUAAAAGAGCGUCCAAUUGCCGAACACACUGAUAAAGCUAACGAACAGCAUUAUGAGGUCACUACAAAUUUUAUGCAAUUGUGUUUGGGCGCUCGAAUGAAAUAUUCCUCCUGCUUGUUUCCCAAUGGAAACGAAACUUUGGACGAGGCAGAAGAAU